AUGGCCCCCGCGCGUCGAGCUCGCUCGCCAUCUGCUGCUCAGCCCAACUACGCGGACACUACAGACGAGGACUCAGAACAAGAAACACCACGGCCCCAUAAAUCCCUUCUUAAGAAACGCCUCAGUGAGGUGUACCACCCAGAUAACGAUGGAGCCUCAGGCUCAGAUCAAUCUAACCGCCCGCCACUGAGGGCAGUUAAUAUCAACGACGAUGCGGCUGAGAAGAGGAGGAGGAGGAAGAGUACUAAGCAUGCUGUUAUUGAUAGCAGUGUGCUUGCUGGACCUUCUUCUGAGACGAUGCAAACCCAGGAAGUCCCCGAACCUGCGCGAGGGGGCAAGCAAAAAACACUUCAAUCAAUCACACCCCUUUCCAUUAAUGUGGAUAUGGAUGUAAUGUCUUCAAAUUUUGAAGAAUGGAUGAAAAUGGCGACGGACAAUAAAAUCAAUGCGUCAAACUCAUGGAAUUUCGCCCUCAUUGAUUAUUUCCAUGAUAUGUCACUGCUUAGGAACAAUGACGACAAUUCCAUCAACUUUCAACGCGCUUCAUAUACCCUUGAUGGUUGCGUGAAAAUUUGGACAAGUCGCGUGGAUAGUGUUGGAACAGAAACGGGCAAACUACUCAGCAAUCUUGAAACUGGCGGAAAACUAGAUGAAGGAGACGAUGGCGAUAACUCCGAUAAUCCAGACGGCGACGGCACGCAAGCCAAGAAGCGCAAAGCCAAUCGUGGCACCGGUGCAACUUUGGCCAAAGAUCCUGCUUCGUUGAAGAACAAGAAACCAGAUUUAGAGUUUGCAGUUGAUCCUUUGUUCAAAAAAACCUGCGCAGACUUCGAUGAAGGUGGUGCUAGUGGCUUGCUGCUGAACCACUUGUCUCUGGGUAUUGGCUCAGAAGGUUGCAUGCGGGUCAUUUUCGAUGCUAGUGACCCUAUGGGCAAAGUUGAAGAAGAGGACAUCAUCGAGGAACCAGAAGAUGAAAUUGAUCUAACUUUCCUGCGAAAACAUUUCUUGCCCGAUUUGUCUGUACUUGAAGACAAAGCGAUUUCGCACUCCCUUUCCGAGUUUGCAUUUGCCAAGGGUCCCAUAAAUCUUAAUGAUAUGACAUAUCUGAACAACGCAGUGCUCGAUAAUGAUGAUGAUGAUGAAAGCAAUGAUCAAAAUUUCGGCACAAACAUGGACGGAGUUGGUGGCAACGAACCUCCGGUCGAGGAUUUCUUCAUUGGAGCUGAUGCAGUAAACGAUGACUUCGGAGGCGACAUGGGAGAUGACUACGGUGGCGAUAACGGAUCGAAUAAUGGGUCGGUCGGUCCUAUUGGCGAUGCUGAACAAACAGCGGCAGGUCCGAUGGGAAUCGUGCCAUUUGACCCAAGAUACCAGCCAAACACGCGUGAACUUACGCUUGCUAUGAAUGCAGAUGGAGGUGCCUUUGAUUACUUUGAUCCAAACCUACUCAAGAACUGGGCUGGUCCGGAACAUUGGAAGCUGAGGAAGAAUAUUCGUAAACCGGAAGCAGAGGCGGGUGCUGCCAAACCUAACAAGAGGCAGAAGAAAGAGGCCGUCAAGAUCGACUUUACGACACCAUCAGCAAAAGACGCUAAAGAAAUUGCUAAAGAUCUGUUUGCUCCUGUAACUGGGAAAGGUGCGAGUAUCAACCUUCCGGGCACAGGUACAACCGCGGGCAAAAAAGGCAAAAAGAAGAAAGAGAAACGGGACGAUCAUAGAUUACCAGAUGAUAUGCAUUUCUCCGACCAACAGCUCGUCUCUUUGUUCUUGAAGCCUAAAUUCAGGCUUCAAAUGCGCGGUACCAGCAAGAGAGGAAAUGUCGCUGAAGGUGAAAUCGACGAAAACUUCUGGGCUCAGGCAGCCGCCAAUCAAGCCGCCAAUCGUGACUAUGACCCUGAUGCCGACGAAAGCGCUCCCGCACCCUUUAACACACAAUUCUUCCAUGAAGAUGACUUUGGUGGAGGGUUCGACGAUGGGUUCGACGCUGAUGUGGGCGGAAUGGCAGACGAAGAUGCUGGAGAACAAGAUUUGCUGGCUGCUACUCAAGGUCAGACAAGACGUGUUAAACCACAAGCCGUAAAUUACACGAAACGGGCGAAACGCGUUGACGUAAGGAAGUUGAAGGAGAACAUCUGGAAAGGUCUUGAUAUCGUUGUGGCCAAGAAAAAGCCGCGUGUCCGUGAAGAAGAUGGCAUGGAUGUGGACCCAGAAGAUGAAGAAGGCCAGACUGGGCUCACUGAUCCCAACGACUCACGACAAUUCAGUCAGGUCAUCUCAGGCCUGCAACAAUCUUACCCACCCGACAAAAUGGAGGAAAUCAGCACGAGUUUCUGCUUCAUUUGUCUACUUCAUUUGGCUAACGAACAAGGUCUCAAGCUUGAAUCAACUGCUCAGGACAAGCCUACUGUCAAUGAACCUGUUCAGGAAGAAUCUGAUGAGUCAAAAAUUGGGAAUAUCUGGGAUAUCAAGAUAUAUCGAGACCCAAAUGCGACGCAGUCAGCAUAA